AGGAUGUUAAAAAGCCUCCAUUAAGCAUCACUUUUCAGGAUGUUAAAAAGCCUCCAUUAGGGGAAAUUGAUUAUCAUUGCUAACAACUGCCCCCCUUUGAGGAAGUCGGAGAUUGAAUACUAUGCUAUGUUGGCAAAGGUUGGAGUUCAUCAUUACAAUGGGAAGGCAAAGUUUCAUGCUCGAUCAUGUGUUCCAUGCUUCUUAUCUGCCAACUCUUUUGAGGUAUUAUGCAUACCAGUCAUAACUCCUUUACAGAGAAAAUUAACAAAACCAUAAUCUACAAGAAUAUUCCUUUGUUUAAAUAUGGGAGGAACUGAAGAGAAUGACAAGCAUGAGGCUGAAGUUGAGAAGGAGCAUAAGAAGGAAAAGAAAGAGAAAUCCGAGGAUGCUGGAAAAGAAGAAGAAGGAGAAGAAUCUAAAGAGAAGAAGAAGGAGAAGAAGAAGAAUAAGAAAGACAAGGAAGGGAAAGAGAAGAAGGAGAAGAACCCUGAAGAUAAAAAUGAUCCUGCGAAAUUAAAGCAAAAGCUUGAAAAGCUAGAGUCCAAGAUGCAGGCUCUGCAAACUAAGAGAGAAGAAAUAUUGAAGCAGCUUCGAGAAGUAGAACAAGGUGCAAGUGAGCCCCCUGUGGCCUCCUCUUAGAUCAACUCUGUUUUAUGCUGAAAAAGUGCAUCUCUAAUAACUCUAUAUAUUUUAUGUCAUAAUUGUGGAGACAGACUCUGAGGUUUUCUUUUUUUUUUUUGGAAUCAAAUGUAGUGUCAAGAAAUUAUAAUAACUCACAUUCUAUUCAAUCAACUAUAUCCUCUUAGACAUUUUAUUUGAGUUUGUCCGAGUUA